AUGGAACAUUUGGCAGAUCUCAAAGCGAAAGCAAAUAAGACUCUGGCUGAGCAAGCGCAGCAGCAUUUACCUGUACAGUCACAGUCCUAUCGUCGGACCACUCGACCUGACUUGAAGCAGCUUGGCCACCUUCUGACCGUAGCACACGACUCUGCAAAGCAGGCUGAUAUCUUCGAAACGUAUCGCCGACCGGACUUCGCAUACACAGAGUUCUUGGUCGCUUCUGAAAUCAUCCUGAACCUCGUACCACGACACAAGGAAUACCCGACACUCCAAGCCGAUAGGGGAAGGUUUCACAGACUGUACAGGGAACUCACAAAGAAAAUAGGUUCCGACCAGGAGCGAUAUGCCAAGAUUAGAGAGAUAAUCGUCAAUGAUAACAUACGAAAUGGCACCCGGCCAGGAGAUGCCGGCCCGCCCACAAUGCCACAUACUGCUUCCAACAUUCAAUCAAACCCUUCCAACCGGUACUCUAUGCCUCCAUCAUCGAAUGGCUAUGAAGCGCAAGGCUCCUCUUCGCAAACCUCACUCGACAUUCGACCAGGCUCGGCUGCAGGUCGCUCUACUCCGGGCGAUUCUUAUGUAGCAUUCAAGCCGCGGCCACCAGUGAACCCGAAACCUCAAAGUCUCCAUGGUCGGGCACUCACAAACGGGGCUGCAAAUGCUGAUGCUCUAGCGGAGCGCUUUGCUAGAUUAAGAGCAACCCCAAAAGCGGAAUCAGCAGCCAACAUGCCCGCAACUGGCACUAUCUCGACAAACACUUCAUGGGAUCUAUCAGUGAAGAUGCCUUCGCCAACUGAAUAUCAAAUUUCAGGCGAUGUAUUGCCCCGGCCUAUGGGGCCCCGAGACCUACCAACCGCUCCCUCCGCGCCUCCUCACCCCCCAAAGAUACCCCUUAUCACGAAUUUUACGGCUUCAAUGCCAAAGGCGCCCAGUCCAACAUACAGUCCCGCGAGAAACAUGGCAACUCCAGCCAGCAUAGACCCGCCCAGGAGUACCGCCAGAAGUAUGGUAGGUACCGGAGGUCGUAGUAAUUCUAUGGCGUCAAAUGCAUCUGCUCAAGCCCCCAACAAUAAUGGCUCGGCAGACUCGUACUUUCCAGCCCAAGCAGCACCAAAAACAAAUGGACAUACCCGCCGCGUGUCGCUGGGUAUACCAAAUGAAAGCCAUAUUGAUGCCGAGAGGCUCUUCGAUUACAAUCGCAUGUACAAUGUGCUACUGAUCGAUGUUCGUAAUCGUGAAGACUUUGACGAUGGCCACAUCUUUGCGCAACAAGUCAUGUGCAUAGAACCGACUACCUUGAAACCCAACAUGUCCGCCGAGCAAUUGCAGGAUUCUCUGGUCCUCUCCCCUGAAAAUGAACUGUACUGGUUCGAACAAAGGAACGAAUUCGACUUGGUAGUCUUCUAUGAUCAGGCCACGAGAGACACGAGUUUUCUUGAUCGACCAGUGCGGAAUGAAGAAGAGGAGGUGCUGAAGAACUUGUAUGAAUCGCUGACCGAAUUCAACUUUGAUCGACCUCUGAGUCGACCACCCAUUAUGCUAAGAGGAGGACUCGAUGCAUGGGCAGACUUGAUAGGUACCAACGCGUUGGCAACUUCACGAACGACCGCAGUCGUGUCUCAACAACAAAAAUCCAAUCGACCAAUCCGCCGCAUGCCUGCAAAGCGGAAUAUCUCGAUGAAUUUGCAGAAGAAGCGCCAUAGAGACUUUACCACCCUAGAUCCCGAAGAGGAGCAAAAGUGGCUUGAAAAGGCCAGAAUUGAAAGAGCGGAACUGGAAAACAGGAAUAUCCCCGAAGAGGAAGCCGACUAUGAAGGUGAUUCUGACCCUCAGAUAUAUCGUUCCACCGCAGACUUCCUCAGACGCUUUCCAGAGCCGGCAGCGCUUGACCAACAAUCAAUGGUGUAUCCGCCGCGGCGCCAGGCUUCUGAGUCUGCAUACAUACAACCUAGUAUUCCUCCGGUACCAUCCAGGCCAGCUCCGUCUGUACCUCGAGUCAGUUACAGUGGUGUACAUGAACGGGAAUCAUCUCAACAGACAGGAUCGAGCCGCACAGCUCACCUUGCAGCGUAUAUACCGCCCAGUCGUAACCCUCGUUAUCGUCUCCCUAAGACUGGACUCGUCAAUUUUGGUGUUACAUGCUACAUGAAUUCGACGGUUCAAUGUCUGAACGCAACUAUGCCUUUGACAGGUGUUUUCCUUGACAAUCGAUACCAAAGGUUGAUUGAGCGAGACAACUGGAAGGGGUCCAAAGGACUCAUGUCGGAACAUUACGCUACAUUGAUAAAGAAUCUCUGGCAGGGCGACGUCCGCGCCCUUCGCCCGACUAGCUUACGGAAACUUUGCGGCCGCUUCAAUGCCGAAUGGUCCCGUGACCAGCAGCAAGACGCCAAAGAAUUCCUCGAAUUCCUCCUCGAUAUCCUCCAUGAAGAUAUGAAUCGGCAAUGGUCCCAUCCCCCACUCAAAGCUCUCACAGAGCGCGAUGAGGCCUACCGCGAACGUCUCCCCAAACUUUAUGCCGCACAAGUCGAGUGGAUGCGCUACUCAAUGCGCGACAAAUCCAUCAUUUCGGACUUCUUCGCCGGCCAGCAUGCCUCGCGUCUUCGCUGCGCGACUUGCGCCCACACCUCGACUACGUUCGAAGCCUUCUACUCGCUCUCCGUCGAGAUACCACGGGAUCACCCCUCCGACAUCCGUGACUGCCUGCGCUCCUAUUGCAAGGAAGAGCGCCUCAGCGGUGACGAAGUGUGGAAAUGCCCGCAGUGUAAGACUGAGCGCGAGGCCAGUAAACAGAUCACGCUAUCUCGCGCGCCGCAAUACCUCAUCCUGCACUUCAAGCGCUUCAGCGCCAGUCACGACGAGCGAGCGCGAAAAGUUCGCACACCAAUCGAGUUUCCCCUCACCGGUCUCGACCUUUCGCCAUACAUGCUUCCACCCCCGACGCCUGCCGAGGAAGCUGUUAUCGCACAGCAGCAAGACGGCGCAAACCAACUUGCGAAGCUAAAGGCUGACGUCAGCAUGAACGGGCCGUAUAUAUACAAUGCGUAUGCAGUCAUCCGGCAUAUUGGACAGACAAUCAGUAGCGGGCAUUACAUUGCGUGUGUUAAAGACAGUGUUAAGGGUGUAUGGCGCCAGUUCAACGACGAGCGCGUCACGGACUUUAUGCCAGAGGACCUGAGGGCCAACGAGAGGCUGCAAAACGAACAGGCGUAUAUCGUGUUUUAUGAGCGGGAUCUGACCGCCGCUGUGGCUAAGAGGUGA